CGCGCGCGCCGGGACCCGGAAGCAUCUCUCGGCGAUGGCGGCGGCAGAGGGCGCGGGGCAGCAGUGGGUGCUGGUGGAGAUGGUCCAGGCCUUCUAUGAGGCUCCAACUUACCAUCUUAUUUUGGAAGGUAUUCUAAUCCUAUGGAUAAUCAGACUUCUUUUCUCCAAGACGUACAAGCUUCAGGAGCGAUCUGACCUCACACCUAAGGAAAAGGAAGAAUUGAUUGAAGAAUGGCAACCAGAGCCACUAGUUCCUCCUGUAUCAAAAGACCAUCCAGCUCUCAACUACAAUGUUGUUUCAGGGCCUCCAAUUCAUAACAUUGUCGUGAACGGCAAGGAAUGCAUAAACUUUGCGUCAUUUAAUUUUCUUGGGCUUUUGGAUAAUGAAAGGGUCAAGAAUGCAGCCCAGAAAUCUCUGACAAAAUACGGUGUUGGCACCUGUGGCCCAAGAGGAUUUUAUGGAACCUUUGAUGUACAUCUGGAACUGGAGGAACGACUUGCCAAAUUUAUGAGGACCGAGGAAGCUAUCAUAUAUUCCUAUGGAUUUGCUACAAUUGCCAGUGCUAUUCCUGCCUAUUCAAAACGAGGAGACAUUGUUUUUGUUGAUGAAGCAGCCUGCUUUGCUAUUCAGAAAGGCUUACAGGCUUCCAGAAGCAACCUUAAGUUUUUUAAACAUAAUGAUAUGGCUGACCUUCAUCAUCUACUCAAAGAGCAGGAGAUUGAAGAUCAGAAGAACCCUCGUAAAGCUCGUGUAACCCGGCGCUUUAUCGUGGUUGAGGGUUUGUAUGUUAACACUGGAGAUAUUUGUCCUCUUCCGGAAUUGGUGAAAUUGAAAUACAAAUACAAAGUCAGGUUAUUUUUGGAAGAAAGUCUUUCCUUCGGAGUGCUGGGAGAACAUGGACGAGGAGUUACAGAACAUUUUGGAAUAAAUAUGGAUGACAUUGAUCUUAUAAGUGCAAAUAUGGAAAACUCCCUGGCUUCUAUUGGAGGGUUUUGCUGCGGGCGAUCCUUUGUUAUUGAUCACCAGAGAUUAUCUGGUCAAGGGUACUGCUUUUCAGCCUCUCUGCCUCCUCUCCUAGCUGCUGCCGCCAUUGAGGGCCUCAACAUCAUGGAGGAAAACCCAGGCAUUUUUCAGAUUUUACGACAAAAAUGCAAGCGAAUACACCAGGCUUUACAAGGGAUUCCUGGUCUACGUGUAGUGGGGCAAUCCCUUUCUCCAGCAUUACACCUCCGCUUAGAAGACAGCACUGGAUCUCGAGAGAGUGAUGCAAGGCUACUGAAGGAGAUUGUUGAUUAUUGUAUGAACAGAGGUAUUGCAUUAACCCAGGCUCGCUAUUUGGAUAAAGAAGAAAAAUUCCUCCCACCACCCAGCAUCCGAGUCGUAGUGACAGUAGAACAGACAGAACCGGAAUUGGACAAAGCUGCCUCACUUAUCAGGGAAGCUGCCGAGUCAGUGCUGAAUUGAGGCCUGCAUACUUGAGUCUUCAUCCUUCACACAACACUGGGAAUACCGAUUUUCCUACUGUAUGGCGGAUUGGCUUGUGCUCCCAAGGUUCAAGCUGGUUGACUUUCUCUUCUGACGGAAGUAGAAAGCUCAACUUCCACGGAGUCAUUCCAGAACAAAAAAAAAAAGUCACAAAUAUGGGAAUGUGAAACUGCUCACUGUAUAAGUACUGUUUCGAUUGGAGAUCAUUGUUAACACUGGCAUUUUACAUGAGUUUCACCUCUGUUCUUAAAGGGCCUUAUUCCUUUCCCUGGCUCUCUAAAUGUGUAAAACAAGCCGAGCUAUUUUUGAGAGUUUUGUGUGUAAUGCUAAUGAACAUGAAAAGGAUGUGAAAACUUACACGAUAUUCUUCAUUUAACCUCUCUUAAGAGGUAUUAUUUUAAAUAACAUUCCCCCGAAAAGGUUCCUAUUACUGUCAGACCAGAUAGUUAAACGGUAUUAUGGAAUUAUGCUUUUGAAUAAUGUACUUAAGUAGCUUUUAUUACACUGGGUAUGUGGGAAUUUUGUACACUUUUUUUUAAAGAUCUUUUGGUUUUUGAAAUUCCCAGAAGGAGCUGUUUUUCUAACUAUUUGUCUGGUUUACAUUAAAUGUCUUAUCUCAUGCCAGUUCCUUUAUUCUAUACAAGUUGACCUUUCCUGUGAUUUUACCAUGCAUUUAACUUUUAUACCGGUGAUCGCCAGUGCAAUCUGUAUGCACGCAGAGAUGAAAUGCUGCUAGAAUUUCUUCCGCCAAGCAAACAAAACAAAUAUUGAUCUCUUACCAUAAUCUGGUGGGUGCAUAAAUUAAUGGGAAAACUAAUUCACUCAUGAUGUUUCUUGUCCAUGUUUACUCAUCAAUACCUUUUAAAACCAUGAAUAAAUUAGAAAUACUUAACAUUUAGUUGCAUGGGCACAUAUCCCUACUGUAAUCAGGAAGUUCCAAUUUCUCUCUCUCUCUCUCUCUCUUUCUUUCUCUCUUUCUUUCUCUCAAUUACUUGCUUGAGACCACCACUCAGGUCUCUGCUAAAGAUGUGCAGAAAAGGGACUUUCAUUGAUAUCGUAGAAGUUUCAGUAUGUCACCUAGAGUCAGGAGGACCUUUUUUGCCCUUCAAGGAAGUUAUCAUACUAUGAAUUUGCCAUGAUAAGUGUUCCAGAUUUCUGGUGAAUACUAUUUUUUAAAGACUUUCUGUUACGUCUGGGUUGUUUCUACACUCCUGUGCCUUUUUUGGUUGCUGCUACAUAUUCCAGCACUCUAUGACACAUAAUUUUUUAAAAAAAUAAAAGCAUAUAUUUGAUCCUG